AUGUGGCCGUUGCUUGGGUUCCUGUGGGGCUGUAGUCUGCUGAGUUGUGUCCAGGGAAAUGGAGACUUGGGAAUCUUAUGCACCAUCAGUGAACAGGAGAUUCAGAAGGCAUGGAGGGACAAGAUUAUUGGAGGUGGAAUUCUGGAAAAGCAGCUGAAAUUGGUGCAGCUGCCCAACCUGGGAUAUGGGGGUGGCCUCUUUGGCUCUCUCUUGUCUGUUACCAACCUGAGAAUUUUCUCCAUUCAGUUCUUUGAGAUCUCAGUCAAGCUCCACCCCAAUCUGGGGAGCCAGCUCAUUAUCCUUCUCAAGCUCAAUGUAGAUGGCAACUGUUAAGCAGAGCCCUGGGCUGGCUUGCUCAAUCUUCUCUCCGGGUUGAUCAACAUCUCUGUGGACCUGCGUCUGACUGUGGACAUCUGCCUAGGCACUUUUUCAAAAGAGACAAUACAGUUUGUCCCUAACAACUGUUCCACGACUGUGGGUACCAUUAAUGUCAACCUCCUAUCAGGCCUGCUCCCUAUCCAAGCUCAAGUGUUAAUUGGGAAUAGCCUAAGGGGGAUGCUACCAUGCUUGAUUUGUCCUGUGGCGAAGGAGGCCCUGGUGCAGACCACCGUCCAGAUGUUCAACUCCAUCAGUUCACUGGCUCCCUUAGGCACACUGGGGACAAUCCGGUACACACUUGCUGAAUCCCCUGCCAUUACAAGCCAGACUGUGGAUCUUAACAUCAAUGUUGCUGUCCGACUGAUGGAAGGCAGUUCCGUUAACAUACCUGCCAACUCAGCCCAGGUUGCCCUUCCAAAACUGGAUGGAUACAUGGUCUCCUUGAGCAUUUGUCAGUACUUCCUAUCUGUUAUCCUUUCCAUUCUAAUCAACCUUUCCCCACCUGUGUUCACCUGCAAUCAGGAAAUGUUUUCUGAGUGUAACCAGCUAAAGGAUGCAAUCUUUCCCUCGAUUCCAUCCUCGUGUUCUCCAUGUCCCUCAUCCUCACCGCUCAUUGUGAAGCUGGUCCUGUCAGAGCAUCCCUUGAUUCUGUUGGAGGAUGGCAAGGCCAUGGUCAAACUGUUUCUCAUCAUCCAGCUCUUCCUCCAAAAGGCAGAUAACACCUUCUUUCCCCUGAUGGUGCUGAAGGCGGAUCUCUUCCUGAAGGCCAACUUUGUGGUUUCUGGAUGCAAAUUGAUGAUCUCUCUUUCACUGGAAAGCAUCUCCCUCUUCCUGUCAUCUUCAUCAGUGGGAAGCAUUGAAGUAUCAGGUCUCAAUCCAGUGAUCAGCAAGCUCCUGGAAGAUCUUUUUGUCCCCAGCGUCAAUGGUUGCCUGGUUCCUGGUAUCCCUCUGCCUGAUGUCAUGGGGAUCAAGAUAGUGGGUUCUGUUGUGAAAAUUUUACCGGGCCUGCUGGUGGUGUGUAUAUGA